GGCGGGGCCUGGCCUCACGUGACGUUGCGUGGCGGCGCAACCGCCAUCUUGUGUUGUUGGGGCUGAGGAGUCGCUGUGGCCGUGAGGGACUCUCCGUCCGGGAGCGCAGGAGCUGACUUGGGCAAGUUCCUGGAAAGUUCACGCUUUUUAAAAAGGAGGAAUAGAACAGGAAAAAAUGGCAGCAGAAACUCAGACACUUAACUUUGGGCCUGAAUGGCUGCGAGCUUUGUCUAGUGGCGGGAGCGUGACAUCCCCUCCUCUGUCUCCGGCUUUGCCAAAGUACAAACUAGCAGACUAUCGCUAUGGGAGAGAAGAAAUGUUGGCACUUUUUCUAAAGGAUAAUAAGAUACCUUCAGACCUUCUGGAUAAGGAGUUUCUGCCUAUUUUACAAGAGGAGCCCCUGCCACCACUGGCACUUGUACCUUUUACAGAAGAAGAACAGAGAAAUUUCUCGAUGUCUGUAAACAGUGCUGCUGUCCUGCGGUUGACAGGACGUGGAGGAGGAACGGUGGUAGGGGCUCCUCGAGGUCGAAGUUCCUCUAGAGGUCGAGGCAGAGGCCGAGGAGAAAGCGGUUUCUACCAAAGAAGUUUUGAUGAAGUGGAGGGUGGAUUUGGGCGAGGAGGGGGCAGGGAAAUGCACAGAUCACAGAGUUGGGAGGAAAGGGGAGACAGACGCUUUGAAAAACCAGGGCGAAAAGAUCCAGUGAGACCAAACUUUGAAGAAGGUGGGACAGCAACAACGGGGAGGAAGCAUGAGUUUAUACGCUCUGAGAGCGAGAAUUGGCGUAUCUUCAGGGAGGAACAAAAUGGGGAAGAUGAUGAUGGAGGCUGGCGACUGGCUGGGUCACGGAGGGAUGGUGAGAGGUGGCGUCCUCACAGUCCAGACGGCCCUCGUUCUGCAGGCUGGCGAGAACACAUGGAGCGACGGCGGAGGUUUGAAUUUGAUUUCCGGGAACGAGAUGAUGAACGGGGUUAUCGACGAGUACGAUGUGGGAGUGGCAGCAUGGAUGAUGACAGAGACAGUCUUCCUGAGUGGUGCUUAGAAGAUGCGGAAGAAGAAAUGGGAACAUUUGACUCCUCUGGAGCGUUUCUCUCUUUAAAGAAGGUGCAGAAGGAGCCAAUCCCUGAGGAACAGGAGAUGGACUUCCGACCUGUGGAGGAAGGGGAAGAAAGAUCCGACUCUGAAGGGAGCCACAAUGAAGAAGCCAAAGAUCAUGAAAAGACCACCAAGAAAGAGGGGGAGAAAACAGAUAGAGUAGCGGCAGAAGCAGUGGAAGAAGCAGUCCAAACAUCUUCACCGGCUGCCAGGUCAGAUACACCACCAAAAUCCCAGCCUCCAGACCCGCUGCAGACGAGCCUUUUUGAAAGGAAGGAAGAGUCUGUGCCAGAAAGAACAGAAAAAACAGAAGAUAAGGAGAAUCGAACGGAGAAUACACCGCCAGCCAAAAUGUCCAACAGAGGGGAAGAUUUGGCUUCUGUUGCUGAACCUUUGCCACAGAUUUCUGCAGACACAGCUUCUCCUGCCCAUCUUUCUCCUCCUGUUUCCAAUUCAAAUCCUGCUCUGCGGCCAGUUCAGACACCUGUCACAGCUGCUCCAGGCAUGGGCAACAUUCCCACUGACCCAGAUGAUGAAGAGGGCCUCAAACACCUAGAGCAGCAAGCAGAGAAAAUGGUGGCAUACCUGCAGGACAGUGCCCUUGAUGAUGAAAGGCUAGCAGCAAAAAUUCAAGAGCACAGAGCAAAGGGUUCCUCUAUGCCAUUAUUCCAUGAAGCCAUGCAGAAAUGGUACUACAAAGAUCCACAAGGAGAAAUUCAGGGUCCUUUCAGCAAUCAGGAGAUGGCAGAGUGGUUCCAGGCCGGAUACUUCACUAUGUCGCUGUUGGUCAAGAGAGCCUGUGAUGAGACUUUCCAGCCGCUGGGAGACAUCAUGAAAAUGUGGGGCAGGGUUCCCUUCACUCCAGGUCCAGCACCGCUUCCACAUCUGGGCGAGCUGGACCAAGAGCGGCUGACUAGACAACAAGAGCUGGCCCUGAUCCAAAUGCAGCACCUUCAGUAUCAGCAUCUUUUAAUACAACAACAAUAUGCACAGGUGCUGGCUCAGCAGCAAAAGGCCGCCCUCUCAUCCCAGCAGCAGCAGCAGCUCGCUAUUCUCUUGCAGCAGUUCCAGGCCCUGAAGAUGAGAAUAUCUGAACAGAACAUGAUGCCACCUGUUACAAGGUCUGUGUCAGUGCCGGACACUGGCUCAAUAUGGGAACUUCAGUCAGCUUCACAGCCUACAGUCUGGGAAGGAAGCAGUGUCUGGGAUCUCCCCAUUGAUACUGCAGCUCAGGGACCAGCUCUAGAACAACUUCAGCAGCUCGAGAAGGCCAAAGCUGCAAAGCUAGAGCAAGAGAGGAGAGAAGUGGAAAUGAGGGCCAAACGAGAGGAAGAGGAGAGGAAAAGGCAGGAGGAGCUUCGGAGGCAACAAGAAGAGCUACUUAGGAGGCAGCAGGAAGAUGAGAGGAAACGACGGGAAGAAGAAGAACUGGCCCGCAGGAAGCAAGAGAUGACAGUGAGAGCUGAGAGGGGUGAAGCAGUAGACUUAAUCUGCCUGGACUUCAGGAAGGCUUUUGAUGUAAUACUGCAUAAAAGACUAGUAUAUAAGGAGGAAGCCCUGAGGAGACAGCGAGAGCAGGAAAUUGCACUAAGGCGACAGCGGGAAGAGGAGGAGCGGCAACAGCAGGAGGAAGCACUUAGAAGAUUGGAAGAGAGAAGAAGAGAAGAGGAGGAAAGACGGCAGCGAGAGGAGUUAAUUCGUAAACAGGAAGAGGAGGCUGCCAAGUGGGCACGUGAAGAGGAGGAAGCUCAACGGCGACUGGAAGAAAGUCGGCUACGCAUGGAAGAAGAGGCAGCCAGACAGCGGCUCGAAGAAGAAGAGCGAAAGCGCAAGGAGCUGGAACUCCAGCGCCAGAAAGAAAUAAUGAGACAGAGGCAGCAGCAGCAGGAGGCUUUACGACGGCUGCAACAACAGCAGCAACAGCAGCAACUUGCACAAAUGAAGCUCCCUUCAUCUUCAACAUGGGGUCAGCAAUCAAAUUCAGGAGCUUGUCAAUCCCAGACCACACUGUCGUUGGCAGAAAUCCAAAAGUUAGAAGAAGAACGAGAACGGCAGCUUCGAGAAGAGCAAAGGCGUCAGCAGCGUGAACUAAUGAAGGCCCUCCAGCAACAGCAGCAGCAACAGCAGCAAAAAUUGUCAGGCUGGGGUAAUGUCACCAAACCAACAGGCACCACCAAGUCCCUGCUGGAGAUACAGCAGGAAGAGGCAAGGCAGAUGCAGAAACAGCAGCAACAGCAGCACCAGCAGCCGAACAGAGUCAGAAAUACUACGCACUCUAACCUGCACACCAGCAUUGGGAAUUCAGUGUGGGGCUCCCUAAACACUAAUCCCAGCAACCAGUGGGCAUCUGACCUAGUCAGUAGCAUCUGGAGUAAUGCUGAUACCAAAAACUCAAACAUGGGUUUCUGGGAUGAUGCAGUGAAGGAAGUGGGACCUCGUAACUCGACCAAUAAAAACAAAAGCAAUGCCAGCCUCAGUAAAUCUGUGGGUAUUACAAGUAGACAAAACAAGAAGGUGGAAGAAGAGGAGAAGCUGUUGAAAUUGUUCCAGGGGGUUAAUAAGGCCCAGGAUGGAUUCACUCAGUGGUGUGAACAGAUGCUUCAUGCACUCAACACAGCCAACAACUUAGAUGUUCCCACGUUUGUUUCUUUCCUGAAGGAAGUGGAGUCUCCCUAUGAGGUCCAUGAUUACAUCAGAGCCUAUCUUGGAGAUACUCCUGAGGCCAAGGAGUUUGCCAAGCAGUUUCUCGAGCGCCGUGCCAAACAGAAAGCCAGUCAGCAGCGACAACAGCAGCAGCAACAGGAUUCGGUGUGGGGGAUGAACCACAGUUCGCUACAUUCGGUCUUUCAGACCAAUCAGAGCAACAACCAGCAAUCGAACUUUGAGGCUGUGCAGAGUGGGAAGAAGAAGAAGAAACAGAAGAUGGUUCGUGCAGAUCCCAGCUUGUUAGGGUUUUCAGUGAAUGCCUCAUCAGAGCGGCUCAAUAUGGGAGAAAUAGAGACUUUAGAAGACUACUGAGCAUGUGCAAAUCAACUGGCUUUUCCUGCAUCUGUUAACCAUGGAUUCUCCGUUUUGGACACAGCGCUCUCCACCAUGCGUUCUUCUUCACCUGGCAGUGAAUCACAGAAUCAAUCAUCUCAGGCUGCUUCCUCUGGCCCCAGCAAACCCCUUCUGCCCAGGACUGCACAGGCGGCAUUCCUACUGUCGGCCUCGAGCGGAGCGGACUUGGUUCAGAGUCCUGGGAGGGUGGGAGAUAGGAUUCGUUGACAACAAGGCUGAUUUGGGCAGCAAGCUUUCACUGUGCUGUGAUUUCUUCUGCUGACAUACCUGGAAAAAAAAAAUUAAUAUCAAUUGGGAUUCUGCAAACCAUUGCUUCCCUCUCCUCGUUACUCUUACCACAUCCAACACGUGCAGUCGUGGAGAGAGAGAGAGAGAGAGAGAGUUUGUGGUUAACAGAUGUUGGUCAAAACCAAAAUGCCACACAGAUACUGACUUCCGCGCUCCAUCAGGGCAAGAGGUGCUCUCCCAAGCCAGGAGUUGCAUUCAUAAGCUAACCUUAGAACUGGCAACAGAGGAGAGGGGCGGUGGCGGGCGCAGUUUAGCUUGGGUUGGUUUGAAGUUGCACACCCCCUGCCAGCCCUUCUCAGCACAUUAUUUUUGGAGGGAAAGCUCGAGUCUGUCUUCAUUAGGUGGUGAUGUUGAAGCUGGUGGAGUUCCCUGUCUGCGUAUUCCCGCCUUCCUGGACACAGGGGGACUUCUGC